AUGGAAGAAGCAACACCAGAGAUCCCCUCUGAAGAGAACCCAAGGGGAGAAGAUGACGUCCCCAGUGAGGGCACAAACACUCACUCUCGCUCUUCCAAGUUCCGGUUCAAAUCCUCCAAGCGGCGUGACCAUUCACCAGAUCAUAGAUCAUCACCUCGACGGGAAAAUGGAGAAAGCAGCAGCAGACAUGAAAGAUCCCACCGCCGGCACCAUCGCCAUCAUCACUCUUCCAAACGACGCAGAACAACAACAACGCGCGACUCGGCCCCGCCACCCUCACCCGGCUCCAAAGAACAAGAGCGAUCUCUAUCCCCCGAAACUGCAUUUCGCGAGUCCCUCUUCGACGCCAUGGCCGAUGACGAGGGCGCCGCGUUUUGGGAAUCUGUAUACGGUCAACCAAUACAUACAUACGCUGUCCCCAACAAUGGCCCUGAAGGGGAACUAGAGCGCAUGACGGAGGACGAAUACGCUGCGUAUGUGCGCGCGCGAAUGUGGGAGCGCUCGCACGAAGGGAUCAUGGCAGAGCGGGAGCGACAGAGACAAGAAAAGGCCAAAGCAAAAAGGAAUGCUGAAUCUUCGCGUCACCGAGAUCAAGAGCGUGUCCAGUUCGAUCAGGCCAUAGAGGAAAGUCUCCGUCGAGGUGAGGCACGUCGUCGCGCAAAGUCGUGGAAAGCAGCGUGGGAGAAAUAUACGUCGAGUUGGGAGGAGCUCAAUGCAGCAGCAAUAGAUGAACCCAGCAGUCGUUCUCCAAACUUCCAGAUUCGGAAUAAUAUUCACUGGCCAGUGGCAAGCGGCAAACGGCGAGAUAUCAGCCGCGACGAGAUCAAGCAGUUUUUAUGGAAUGCACCCGGUACUGCGGAAUCAAAGCAGGGCGAUCUGAUGAGCACACUCAAGGCUGAGCGAGUCCGCUGGCAUCCCGACAAAAUGCUGCAUCGUUAUGGAAAUCUCGGGCUAAGCCAGGACAAGUCAUUGAUACAGAGCGUGACGGAGGUAUUCCAGAUCCUGGAUCAGCUAUGGACGGAGACAAAGACGUCUUAG